CCUAAGCUUUUAGCCUUUGCUGCUGUCGCCUCUUCUUUCUCUCUUAUUGCUUGCUUGAUUCAAACGUUAUUCAGCCUAUUUUCUACCCUUAAAAAAGCUGCUUUUUCACCUAUAUAAACCUUCCAUUCGUUACCAAUUAUCUUCACUCAAAAACCCUCGCUUUCACUGUAUCUAAAUCUCCUUUCUCUGGUGUCAUUACUCUGCCAUACUGAAAAGAAGUGAACAUAAAAAUUAUGGGAGACGAUGAGUGUGUUAUAGUGGUAAGAGAAUUUGAUCCUUGCAAAGAUUUAACAAGUGUAGAAGAAGUGGAAAAAAGAUGCGAGGUUGGUCCCAGCGGCAAACUCUCUCUCUUUACCGACCUCUUAGGUGACCCUAUUUGCCGGGUCCGCCACUCCCCUGCUUUCCUCAUGCUGGUGGCUGAAUUAGCCUCAACCAAAGAGAUAGUUGGAAUGAUUCGAGGUUGCAUAAAAACCGUUACCUGUGGAAAGAAACUCUCUCGGAAUAGCAAAAGCAAUGAUCCUAACAAACCUAUUCCAAUUUACACCAAACUCGCUUACAUUUUAGGCCUUCGGGUCUCCCCUUCGCACCGGAGAAUGGGAAUAGGGUUAAAGCUGGUGCUUAGAAUGGAAGAGUGGUUUAUUCAAAACGGCGCUGAAUAUUCGUACUUAGCAACGGAAAAGGACAACCAAGCUUCUGUUAAUCUCUUUACGGAUAAAUGCGGUUACUCCAAGUUCCGUACUCCUUCCAUUUUGGUUAACCCCGUGUUUGCUCACCGACUCCCUGUUUCCAACCGAGUCACCCUGAUCAAGCUUCCCCCUUCCGAUGCUGAGUCCCUUUACCGCCGCCGUUUCUCCACCACCGAGUUCUUCCCUCGUGACAUUGACUCGGUGCUUAAUAAUAGGCUUAACCUGGGAACUUUUUUGGCUGUGCCACGUGGAUGUUUUUAUACGCGGGAGUCAUGGCCUGGGUCGGAUAAGUUUUUAGACGACCCGCCAGAGUCGUGGGCGGUUUUGAGUGUUUGGAAUUGCAAGGACGUGUUUAGGUUGGAAGUUCGCGGGGCGUCGAGGAUGAAGAGGACGUUGGCUAAAACGACAAGGAUUGUGGACAAGCUGUUGCCGUUUUUGAGGUUACCGUCGAUUCCGGAAGUGUUUAGGCCGUUCGGUUUGCACUUUUUGUACGGGUUGGGAGGGGAAGGGCCACGCGCGGCGAAGUUGAUUAAUGCGUUGUGUGCACACGCGCAUAACUUGGCUAAAGAAGGAGGGUGCAGUGUGGUGGCGACUGAGGUGGCGAAUCUUGAGCCGUUGAAAGUUGGGGUCCCACACUGGAAGAGGUUAUCGUGUGAUGAAGAUUUAUGGUGCAUCAAGCGGCUUGGGGAAGACUACAGUGACGGGUCUGUCGGUGACUGGACUAAAUCACCCCCUGGACUUUCCAUUUUUGUAGAUCCCAGAGAAUUCUAAGCUCUUAUCACCAAAACAAAAAUCUCAAUAGUAAUAAGUUUUUUUUUUUUUAUAAGGAUUUUGGUAGAGAAAAGAGAAUGAGAAGAUAUGGGGCUUUGGUGUAAGAAACAAUACGAAUAUCCUCUCCUUUUUGUUUUUUGUAAAUGGAUGUGGCUUUUAAGAUCCUGUUCUACCCAAACAAAGCCUUA